AUGGCCUCCUCACACCUGCCGCCUACCCCGGCCUCGUCGACGGAUAUUCGGGGCAAAGAGAAGCUUGUGCCUCUUGCUCCAGCUUUCACCCUCCCUCCCUCGGCCUAUGCCGAUGGCAGUGAUAGAGCCACCUCGUCACCUCUUUCAAGCCAUGGCUCCGACUCUUCGUACCACCCACAUUCGCCUGUGUCUCUGAAUAACAAUGGAAGACGCAAGUCUACUGCUGCUCAGUCAACCUUGGCCAAAGCAGACGACACAUUCGCUCUUCCUCCGCCGCCGACACGUAACCGCAAGAUCAUCCAGAUGAAGCCUAAGGCUGCUGCUGGUGAGAAGCAGCCAGACCCUGAGGUCGAGGCAGCCCCAGCAAAGGCCACUGGUGGUAGAAAGAAGGGCGCCAAUGCCAGCAGCACAGCCGCUAGCCGUAAGGUGGCUCGCAAGACAGCACACAGCUUGAUCGAGAGACGACGACGCUCCAAGAUGAACGAGGAGUUUGGCGUGCUGAAGGACAUGAUCCCUGCCUGUCAAGGUCAAGAGAUGCACAAGCUGGCGAUCCUUCAGGUCAGUCGCAAUACGCCCAUGCAUGGUCGAGACACGACACUAACCACCCUCCAANNGGCAAGCAUCGAAUACCUUCGCUACCUCGAGCGUUGCAUCACCGACCUCAAAGCCGACAACACAGCUGUGAGACAGGGCUCGAUAUCACAGCCCACCACUACUGCUGUUCCUACUCCACAGCCCGCUACUGUCGUCGAUGAGCCCAUGGAGCCUGAAGAAGACGACGAUCAAGAGAUGUCCGACACAAACCACUCCACCGGUGCCUCCACACCCAACGGCCCACUCCUCUCGCAUACGCAAUCUCGAGAAUCCAUCCCUUCUCUAGCUUCUCUACCAUCAAUGUCCCACUUCGGAUACAAGUCGCCUGCCAUCGCACCUUCUGAUGCCUCCUCCUCUCGACACUACAGCAUCUCUUCCACAUCUCAGCCUUCCUUCUCCCCUUACAUCCACUCACAACAAGCAUCGCCGUUCUUCCUGCCCACUGCAGGACUACAUGAACCUGCUCCAUUCGCACUCACAAGUCCUGCAUUGCGCGCUCAGGACUCGACCAUGCAUCAAAGACCACCAGUCGUGGGCGAAGACGCAAGAGUCCGCGAACGCAGAGAGAAGGACCUAGACCGAGAAGCAAUGGCUGCUCUCCUGAUGCUGAACUCCGACAGAAGAACCUACAAGGACAGAUCUGGCCGCGCUAUGAGUGUGCAAGAUCUGUUGAGCAACUGA